ACGCGGUGGCCACUCACUUCCUGGUUGAAGAUGGCGGAUGAGAAUGAGACAGCACCGAUGCCGGGGAAAGAAGAUGUAGAGGACCAUGGGCAUUGUAGCGACUGUGAAAAUGAAGAGCAUCACUUUGAUGAUGGGGACCGGGGUCUGGGUGAUGACACUGGCGCCAAGAAGAAGAAAAAGAAGCAGAAAAAGAAGAAGAAAUCUGGUGCCACCGAAGCAGCUCAGGACCCACUUGCCAAGGUGAAUUCAUUGCCAGCUGAUAAGCUACAGGAGAUCCAAAAGGCCAUUGAACUGUUUUCUGUUGGACAAGGUCCAGCAAAAACCAUGGAGGAGGCGAGUCGGAGAAGUUACCAGUUUUGGGAUACACAACCUGUUCCCAAGCUAGGGGAGACUGUGACAUCACAUGGCUGCAUUGAACCUGAUAAAGACCAAAUUAGGGAGGAGCCUUACAGCCUCCCCCAGGGCUUCAGUUGGGACACACUUGACCUGGGAAACUCUGCUGUGCUUAAGGAGCUGUACACUCUUCUGAAUGAGAACUAUGUGGAAGAUGAUGACAACAUGUUCAGAUUUGACUACUCUCCGGAGUUUCUGCUCUGGGCUCUGCGGCCUCCAGGGUGGUUGCCUCAGUGGCAUUGUGGAGUGAGGGUGAACUCCAACCAGAAGUUGGUUGGAUUUAUCAGUGCCAUUCCAGCCACAAUCCGAAUCUAUGAAAUAGAAAAGAACAUGGUUGAGAUCAAUUUCCUCUGCGUCCAUAAGAAGCUCCGUGCCAAGCGAGUUGCUCCAGUGCUGAUCAGAGAGAUCACCAGACGGGUCAACCUGCAGGGCAUCUUCCAAGCGGUGUACACUGCCGGUGUGGUGCUGCCCAAACCUGUGGGCACCUGCAGGUACUGGCAUCGCUCUUUGAACCCACGGAAACUAAUCGAAGUAAAGUUUUCCCACCUGAGCAGGAACAUGACUAUGCAGCGCACCAUGAAGCUGUACCGCUUGCCUGAGGCCCCAAAGACUACUGGUCUUCGUCCAAUGACCAAGAAGGACAUACCGGUGGUGAAUAACCUCCUCCGUGAGUACCUGAGCCAGUUCAACCUCGUGCCUGUCAUGAACCAGGAGGAGGUGGCACACUGGUUGCUCCCUCAAGAGAACAUUAUCGACACUUACCUGGUGGAGAACGAUGGAAAAGUGACGGAUUUCCUGAGUUUCUACACACUGCCCUCUACCAUUAUGAAUCACCCCGUGCACCACAGUCUAAAAGCAGCAUACUCCUUCUACAACGUGCACACUACCACCCCCCUGCUUGACCUGAUGUCUGAUGCCCUCAUUCUGGCAAAAUCGAAAGGCUUUGAUGUCUUUAAUGCACUGGAUCUAAUGGAAAACAAGACUUUCUUGGAAAAGCUGAAGUUUGGCAUCGGUGAUGGGAACCUACAGUAUUAUCUGUACAAUUGGAAGUGUCCCAGCAUGGGGUCAGAAAAGGUUGGGUUGGUUCUUCAGUGACAUCCCUCUUAUGCCAUAAGCACGCGUCACCAACGGGCCAGGAGACCGCACCGCGGAACGAUGACUUCCUGCUUUUGGAAAGGAAACCCAACGUCCAUUUUUUCCUUUCUGACCUUCUGAACUUUGACCUGCACUACCGCUGCCAGGCAGGGAGGCAGGGAAAGCGAUCAGCUUCUCCCACUCCCUCAGUCACAUGGACCUUAAGCCAUUGUAGUUACCAUCCCAAACAACUGUAUUUCAUCUGAAAGCUGUCUUGAUUGUACCAAACCACACAAACACAUGAGAAUGGUUUGCACAGAGUACUGGCCACCAAAAUGCUCACUCUUGGCUUGUCUACAGAAUCUACAGUACAUGUAAAUAAUCUCCAACAUUACUGCAGUUUCUGCCCUAACACAUGCAGACUAGAACUUACUGUUUUUAUUUUACUUAUAAAUGUUGGAAGUGCUAUUUGCAAUUAAAAUAAACCGGUCAUUCUUACGUUUUAGAGAGAGGAAAAUAUCAAAAUGAGCAAAAAUAUUUUAAAGAGAAAGAAUUGAGGUAAUAAAUACCAAAAGUGGACACGAGAUAAGGGCUUCUGUUCAGAGUUUCUUGUCAUGGUUGUCUCUCUCUUUUUAAACUUCAUCACACUUUUCCAGCAAUCACAGAAGGUGUUUCAGCACUGCUACAAGUUGAUGCCAGAGUCAGCAUUCAUCUUCUGGAGCUCCCGAUCAUCUAUAUUAACCUUCAGCCUCCCUUCUCCUUCCCAGCUUACAGCUCUAACAAAGGAAACCCUGCAACACAGACUUAUAAUGGAUCAGCUCAGUUGGAGACGAAAAUCAAUCAUUAUUUAUCAGGUUGGACUGCUAUGUAGAUGCUGAAGGCAUUCUGACAGGGUUUGUUACAUGCGUUUAUCAGCAAGAAUUAAAUUUUUUAUGAAAUCUUUAUUUAAAUGUGUCCCAGUUGCAACAUCCACUGUCUUGAUCCCAUAUCUUCUCAAAAAUAAUGUGAGUGCUCAGCAAAAUCAGAAACCAUAAGUACAACAGGUUACUUUUGAAGAAUUUCUGAGCUCAUCAUGCAGACUUCAAUUUAAAAAAGUCUGAAAAUCAGUAUGAAAUGUAUUUAAUUAAUCCAGUAAACUAUAAAAAAUAGAAAGUAAAUUGGUUUGCAUAGACAGUAAAUGCUGCACUGAGGUUUUUGCUGUAUAGAUAUUUGACAAAUAACACGCUUUUAUCUAACGCAGGAAGUGAAAAAUAAAUGAAAAUUAAUAUUUCACCUCAUCCAGCAUACUGAUGGUGAACAUUCUUUCAAAGUGGGAGAGGUUUUAUGGUGGGUGUUGGACCUGGGUUUUACAAACAGCAGCCUGGACUUGUUAGAAGGGCAGAGUGGAUGACUUGGGAAAUGUCCCAAAUCAAAGUGUUUCUUAUGUAAAACGUUAUGUUUGCAAACAUGUUUAAAAACAAAAAAAAAGGAUAAAACAGCCA